AUGAAUAUAGCAUGUAGAGUCCCAGGUCUUAAUCAAAGUUCAGAUACACUUUUUGAAUGGAUAAAAGGACAUGCAAACAAUAUUGGAAACAAUGAAGCAGAUAAAUUAGCAACAAUAGGACAACAAAGGAUAGAUAACCCUAAGAUAAAUCUACAAACACCUAUAUAUCUGAACCUUCAAGGUGCAAAACUAUCCUGUCUAACACAAGCAAUUGCAUAUAAAACAAUCUGCCAACAAAAAAUAACAAAAGAACCCCGAUAUGCUGCAAAUGACCUUAGCGGCCACCUACCAACAGAUAAACGUAUAUGGCUAUCAAUAAAAAAUAAAGACAUAACAAAAACCAUACAAAACUUCUUAUGGAAAAAUAUACACAAUGCAUACAAAUGUGGAAAAUACUGGGACAACAUCCCCAACUAUACAUAUCGAGCAACAUGCAUUAAAUGUACAGCAGAUGAGUCACUCGAACACAUUUUAAUAGAUUGCAGACAGAUUCCAACACAAGAUAUCAUCUGGAAACUAUGUGAACAACUAUGGGAAAAAACUGGAAACAAAUGGCCACAAAUCUCAUAUGGAAAAAUCCUUGCUUGCGGUCUUGCACAAUUUCGAAACAAAAACAACCAACCCCUACAUGGAAAAAACAGGUUAUACCAUAUUCUAAUAUCAGAAUCUGCUGCUCUAAUAUGGAGACUUCGCUGUGAAUGGAGAAUUAGCAAACAAGAUGAUGAAACAAAAUGGCACUCUAAAGUAGAAAUCCAUAACCGCUGGAAAAAUGGAAAACAUAAUCUAAACUCUAAAAUAGUACUCCACACAUGGAGUGGGUGUUUAGAAAAUGAAGAGAAGUUGCCUGACAAUUGGAUAAGGCAACCCAGGGUUUUAGUGGGUCAGGAUCGACAGUCUCAUGUGAGGCAUGACAACGAUGCUGUGAAAGGUUGAGCCAUGUCGACCAGGUGGUGUCGUGGUGGGUGAACCCACCGGCUCUUCGGGUAUGUUCGGGUAUGCGCCUAGCUAGAUUGGACAUCCCCGGAUUCUUGCCACGCCUGGCGCGCUCUGCUGAUGAGAUCACCGUUUGGUGAGGAGGUACGAUUUCGAGGGUGUUGGUUGAGGCCUGGUAUCGCCAGUCCUGUUGUAUAAUCUGGAUAACAAACA